UAUGGUGGGUUCACAGCUGGCUGACUGCACUCCGCAACCUGCUGUUUAGUGACCGAGAGCCUCCAAGCAUGGUGAAAUGAACAUUAGAGGCAAAAACUGGACAUCUGAAGCCAGCACUGACAGCCACCAUGAAGGUUUUACUCCUGUGCACAUGUCUCUCCUUCACCUCUGCAGCCGCGAAGCCCAACGCAGGUUUGAGAACAUGGGGACGUUUCAGUAAGCUGCCCUACCCAGGAGACAAGGCUUUCCUCUACGAUACCUUCCCCAAAGACUUCAUAUGGGCGGUGGGCACUGCGGCGUACCAGGUGGAGGGCGCUUUCGAGAAGGACGGCAAGGGGCUCUCCAUUUGGGACACUUUUACGCGCGGUGGGAACCGGAUGGCCACCGGGGACGUCGGCAGCGACAGUUAUCACAACAUCCAGGCCGACAUCCGGGCCAUCAGGCAGCUCGGGGUCAGCCACUACAGGUUCUCUCUGUCCUGGUCCAGGAUAUUCCCCAACGGCACCCGCGGGAGUUACAACGAAAUCGGCACUAACUAUUACCGGAGCCUCAUCAAGAAGUUGAAGGAGAUCCGCGUGCAGCCGGUGGUCACGCUCUACCACUGGGACCUGCCCGAUCACCUCCAGCAGACCCUCGGCGGCUGGAGCAACCCGGAGCUCGUGGGGAUUUUUAAGGAUUACGCGGAUUUCUGCUUCCAGACUUUCGGGGAUGAUGUGAAGUACUGGAUCACCAUUGAUAACCCGUUUGUGGUGGCGCGGCACGGUUACGGCACCGGAGUGGUCGCUCCCGGGAUUAAAAACGACCCUGAUCUCCCGUUCAGGGUUGGACACAAUCUCCUUAAGGCUCAUGCAGCUGCAUGGCACCUCUACCACCGCCACUACCGAACUCGUCAGCAGGGUAAGCUGUCCAUGGCACUGGCCUCUCACUGGAUCAAGCCCAGUCGCACCCGACUGGAAAGCCUGAGAGAGUGCCAGUGCUCCCUGGACCACGUCCUGGGCUGGUUUGCCCGGCCGCUCUUCAUAGAUGGAGACUAUCCUCCCUGCAUGAAGGCGAGGCUAGGCUCACGGCUGCCCUCCUUCACCCGAGAGGAGAGGGAGCAGGUGAGAGGAACAGCCGACUUCUUCGCCCUCUCUCACGGAGCAGCGCUCAGCUUCCAGCUCAUCGACAGUCUGAAUUUUGGGCAGCAAGAAGAUCUGGACCUGAGGAUGCUGCUGUACUGGGUCAACGCUGAGUACAACAAGCCGCCCAUCUUUGUGGUGCAGAGUGGUUGGUACGUCCUUGGCAACACCAAGACAGAAGACCCAAAACACAUGUAUUACCUCAAGAGGUUCAUCGCAGAGGCACUAAAAUCGAUCGUCAUAGAUGGAGUGAAUGUGAUCGGAUACACAGCCUGGUCUCUGAUUGAUGGCUUCGAGUGGCACAGAGAAUAUGGGAUACGACGGGGACUUUACUAUGUGGACUUUAACACUCCUGACAUGAAGAGGGAGCCCAAGACAUCUGCCACCUUUUACAGAAACGUCAUCCAGAGGAACGGUUUCCCAGAACUUCCAGAGAACAGACCAGCACAAGGAACCUUCCCGUGUGAUUUCGCCUGGGGUGUAUCUGCCAACUCCAUACAGGUGGAGACCACGCCCAGCCAGUUUGCAGACCCCAGUAUUUACUUGUGGAACAUCUCCAACAACGGAGAGCUGACAAGGCUGGAGGGCUUCAGUGCGCCUCCCUUACGCCGAACCACACACUGUGCUGAUUACCCCAUCAUCCAACAUCAGGUGGAUGAAAUCCGGCAGGUGGGUGUAAACCACUUCCACUUCUCCCUCAACUGGUCAGCCCUGGUGCCUACGGGUGACGUGGCUCAUCCGAACACCACUCUGCUGGGCUACUAUCGCUGUUUCACCCGUCAGCUGCUGCAGGCCAAUGUCACGCCCGUGGUCACUCUGUGGCACCACACGCGCCAGCGCAGCAGCCUGCCGGCCACGCUGGACAACGCCAACAAGUGGCUGAACAGGGAGACUCCAGAGGCGUUCGCAGACUACGCCAGGCUUUGUUACAGAGAACUAGGUGCCCAUGUGAAGAUGUGGAUCACCCUGAAUGAGCCCAAUGAUGAGAUGGUGAGCUACCAGGAGGGGCAUCAGAUGCUGCGGGCGCACGCUCUGGCCUGGCACGCUUAUGACCGCAAGUUCAGACACACGCAGGGAGGACAGGUGUCUCUGGCUCUGCACAUGGACUGGGUGGAACCGGCGUUUUCAUUCAGCCGUGAAGAUGUGGAGCCGGCUAAAAGGGUUUUAGACUUCCGCGUUGGCUGGUUUGCAGAGCCCAUCUUUGGCAGUGGGGACUAUCCACUGGGCAUGAGGAGUUGGCUGCGUCAGCUCAACUCACUCGAUCUGCCAGUGUUCAACGAGGAGGACAGACAGCUGGUUAAAGGGACGUAUGACUUCUUUGCCAUCAGUCACUUCAGUACCAAGCUGGUGACACAUGCCAAGGAAGACUCGUACACCUACAUCGCAAUGCUUGAGGUCCAACACAUGAUAGACACCACAUGGAUCAUGUCCCCGAGGCCUGUUGUGCCCUGGGGCCUGAGGAAAGCUCUCAACUGGGUGAGGGAGCACUACUGCGACGUACCCGUCUAUGUGAUGGCGAAUGGGGUCCAGGAAGACCCAGCCCGCUUCAAAGACAGCCUGCGAGUCUAUUACCUGUACAACUACAUCAAUGAGGCGCUGAAAGCGUACACGCUGGACGGUGUGAACCUGAAGGGAUACUUCGCCUACGCUCUGAGUGACCAAAGGGACCCCGGGUUCGGCUUGUAUGGCCAGGUCCACGAGGAGGUCAUCAUCAAGGCCUCUCUCUCGAACUAUCGCAACAUCAUCGAGCAUAACGGCUUCCCCAUUCAAGGGGCUGCGCCCCAGCAGUGUCCCAGCAUGCCUCAGCCCUGCCUAAGCUGCCACGUGCUGGUCAAGAGGCCCGUGGUGGGCUUCCUGACUCUGGUUGGUUCAGGGGUUCUCAUCACCCUGGGCCUUAUUAUCUAUUACACAGCCAAGAGACACAAGGAGUGUUACUGAUGAUAGUUCUGGCGUUUUAUAAAUGACUAAAAACAGCUGUAGAGUUCAGUCUAUAUUUGACUUUACAGCCCUAAUUGAUGGUACCAUGACCUUUGAAAGUGGCCCAAUCAUCUGCAGUCUAUGAGAUAUAACUGUUAUUUAAUGUUAUGUGACAUUUGUUUUUUAGUUGAUGAACUCAUAAAUAUCACAUUCUUUAUAUUUUUAGAGGAUGUUUUGAAGACUCAAAUGCAUCUCCAACUGUUUUUAGAAGGACUACUACAGAACAGCCAUUUUAGAAAGGACUACAUUUCCAGGCUAGACCCUUCUUCACACAAGCUUUAAGACAAAAAGCGACUAUGAAGUAAUAGUUCUCACAAAAGACAUGUUAAGUUUCCUGUAUGUGACUGGAUCAGACUAAACACACAGAAUCUGACUCUGCCUUUAAAGGACCACUGUGUAGGAUUUAGUUGCAUCCAGUGGUUGUGGCAUUGCAGUCUGCUCACCUCACCUUCCUCGUCUGAAGAAUGGAGACACACCCAAAGGUCCUAUCUAGAGCCAGUGUUUAAUUUGUCCAUUAUGGGCUACUGUAGAAACACAGCGUUUCAACAUGCCUGACUGCAUGGGAGAGGACCCGCUCCCACUGUAGAUAUAAAAGGCUCAUUUUGAGGUAACAUAAACUAAAAUAUUAUCUUCAGAUUAUCUUCAUUAUACACUAAUGAAAACAUAUUUGAUCUGAAUACUAUUUUCCAUCUUUGCCAUAAAUAGACAAACCUUACACACUGGACCUUUAAGUAGUCAAAGUUCAGGUUUAAUGCAUCACUCAAACAUUUAACAAGAGGGGAGGGACCUCCAAAUCCUGUAAUAAAUCCUCACUAUUUGACAAACAUAUCACAGAAUGUUCUUUUCUUGUUUAUGGGAUCAUGCUGUUCAGAAGAUAAAGACUCGCCCAUUGGAGGUUUGCAUUUUGAGACCUCUUGCACUCCAUCAUGCUGCCAUGGUCCUUCCAAAGGAGAAGUUAUCCAGAGAACAUCUGGACGAUCUAUUUGUACCU